AUGCUCUACAAAGACACUAGAUCGCUCCACUCUUGUUUAAUACUUAAUAGUAAACUUUGCUGUGUAAUCGUUCGCAUAUUGUAUCGGAAUGUAUUCAAUAGAGCGACACACAAAAAGCGAGUCAAGCUGGUUAGAACAUUGCUCCACAGUUUGAAUAAAGAAGAGAGAAAUAGCUUGUCAAGAAUCGAAUUGAAAGAACUGGAUAAGGGGACAUUAAUACCCUACUUGACGUACAUUACAGAAUUAGACAUACAAAUAGUAUAUAAAGCGGUAGCUGACUGGGUAGACCACCAGCCUCCACCAAGAGACGACAGGAGGCAUAUUUCCAGCGUUCUGAUAUCUUCCAUAAUCAAUCAUUCCAGCACAAUUCACUUACGUAUCUCUGCUGGAAUACCCGAUCAUCCCUUUCGUCACUUUUGUUUCCCUCAACUUACAAAACAUGAUCAAAAACUACGAAAAUUAACCAUUGAGCGUUUCACGAGUAAUAAAACGAGCGAUUUGUCGCUCUUGUCCGACAUUAUCUUAUCUAUGAAGUCACUGGAAAGUGUGACCAUGAUUGCGACAGGCGGAUUAGAAUUGUUACUGGAUGCCUUAAAGAACUAUCGCGGUUCAUUAAAGAGAUUGGUGUUCCGGGGGUGUCACUUUGAGCUGGUAAAGAUGAAUGAUUACGUGGAGCUGUUGACUAAAAUAUGGGCGUUAAAAUUUUAUAACUGUUCGGGUAUCAGCAAAGAAAUAGAGUCGACAUUGGCAGGAAAGGAAGGAAUAUAU